UUAAAAUAUAAAUAUGAAAGUGUGUGGUUAAACCUGUUGUGUACGUUUGAAAGUAAAUUCACUAUUAAAUGAAAUUUAAGCACAAAAUUAAAAAAAAAGUCAAUUACUGGAUAAAUAUCUUUGUUACGCAACAUAAAAAAGGAAGUAAAAAAGAGUUAAAAGAAACACAGUGGUGGGGCUUUUUUGGAACGCAUUUUUUUUUUUUUUUUUUUAUCUCGGUUGUAUAGAAGUUAUUAAAGAAAACAAUCAAUUCAAAAAUUUGUUCCUCACCAAGAAAAUGGUAUUGGAACAAAAUUCUAAACAAGAUUUUCAAAUAAUAUGUGAUGAUAAAUGGAUUGGUAAAAGAAAAGCUACAACUAUUGCAUUUUCUGUUCAGAGUGUCAUCCUGGGAAUAGAAUACACGCUAACAUUUUUAACUCUGUGGUUGUACAUUAAAGAAAUGAUAAACACAAACUCUCCAAAAUUUUAUUACGCCUUGGUGUCCAUAUCAUAUUUGCUUUCAUCGACAUUGUUUACUCCUAUUAUUGGUAGAAUUGUUGAUAAAACUCGUCAUGUUCGUUUAACAUUUUUAAUAUGCAAUUUAUGCUUGGUUAUUGGAAAUCUUCUAUACAGCUUUCAUUUCUCUCCGUGGUUUCUAGUUGCCGGAAGAUUUAUAUCUGGAUGCGCUGGUUUAAGAUCUGUUAUGUGCGGAGAAAUAGUUCGCAGUUAUCCGUCUGACGAAACAAGUUACAAUCUAGCAUUGUUAUCAGUUACAUAUAAUGCUGGAUUUAUUUUGGGUCCUGGUGUUAACUUUCUGUUUACUUAUAUUGAUUUUCACAUAGGAUUAUGGCAUUUAAAUACUUAUAAUUUUAAUGGACUUUUUAUGGCUUUUUUGAGCGCAAUAAUGUUAUUUUUGAGUGUGACUAUGGUUCACGAUUUAUCAAAAGAAUUUGACUUAAAAGCACAUGAAGAAAAAAACAGUCAAAAACUUCAUUUGCAAAAAGCAAUUAUCCAAUCAAACAACAGUUCAGAUUCUUUCAAUGAGACUGUACCAUUGGUUGAUUAUAUGAAACAAGAUAAGCACAUGAAUGGAAGGUCUUCUUCAUCUUACAUUAACAUAUUUAAGUUGCUAAAACUUUUAUUCACCUCAAUAGAUGCUGCUUUGCUUCUAUUUUGCACAUUUUUUGUUAUGCUUUUUCUUGUCACAUUUGAUAUGUGGCUGCCAAUACUUAUAAUUGAUACACUUCAUCUAUCAAUUCUAGAAUUAAAUAUUUGCGUUUUUGGAACAGGAGCAACAAGUGUUGCCAUUUUGUUUCUGUAUAUGUGGAAACCCGUUUCUGAAAAUAAACUAUUUGUUGCUGUAGUUAUGGGUUUGUUUGGUCUUUGUUUAGUUGACGCCAGUUUUAUUUUUCUAAAACAUGCUAACAUCAAACUACUUAAUAUACUUUUAGGCGUUUUAUAUAUGAUUUGUUUUGCUGGAGCAGGAAUUAUCCCAGAUGUGUACCUUACAGACACGUUAGCAAAGCUUGUGAAUUCUAAUGUACAAACGUUCGUUGACGGGAUUCGUAAUUCAAUGUAUUCCGCAGGAUGUUUGUUAGCUUUAGCAAGUGCUGCUUAUACCUUUGAAUAUGUAGAAAUAUUUUCCGCAAUUUAUAUAGUGUUAACUUUGUUGUGUGUUUACUUUCUUAUUGUAAGGAAAAAACACUUGUUAAAACCAAAGUUAAUCUUUUAAACGUCAGAAAGUUUCCGAAUUCAUAUUUUAACAUUAGACACUGCUUGUAUAUAAAUAUAAAAUCUUAAAAUGAAAAUUUGUAUUAUUUUUACUUAAAACACCUACUUAA